AUGUUUGGUAAGCAACGAUUCAGUCAGCUCAGACGGCAAUCCCGACGAUGGCACAAUGCUGUUACGGCAAAAGUAUUUCGAUCACCAGAAGUUACCAUACGUUCAACAAAUUUGGAUGAAAAAUUGCAAGAAGUCGUUAAAGAGGUUGUAAGGAAAGCGUUGGGUCAUUGUUCGACGGAAAAUGAAGUCGCUUCAACAAUUAAGAAGCAUUUCGAUGAAUUGACAGGACCAUGUUGGAAUUGUAUAGUUGGAAGAAACUUCGGGUCACAUGUGGAAUGCACUCUUUAUGUACAUCUCAUUUAUUCCAGAAUUUCUAUUAUUUUGUACAAGAUAGAUUAA